AUGGCAAAUAUCAAUACUUCUUUGUUUCUUGUUACUUUUCUUAUGGGCAUUGUUCUUUGCUCUUGUACUCGAGACCUCAACUUGGAUGACAAAAAACGAGGGAAAAUGUGGUGUGUGGCAAAAGUAUCUGCAACGGAUGCCCAAAUGCAAGCAUUCUUGGAUGCUAAUUGCGGAAGUUUGGAUUGUAGACAAAUCAAUCCAGGUGAAACAAUGGAGUGUGCAAUGCCCAUAUCGGUACUCCAGCAGCCACCAAUCCUUCUUAUGGGAGAUGCAAAUAUCCAUGAGUGCAAUGGAAUGUCAAGCACAAGACAAGGACUAGGAUUCUCAUAA